AUGGCUGAGACCCUCUCCCAGCCGCAUCAGUCUGCCACCCGCCGGGUGCGAGCUGCAUCAAUCGCUCUAUCGCAUGCUGGCGGCGCGACUGCCCUGCACACAGCCCACCAUUCUCCUUCAGACUUGACCGACCUCCAGGCCGAUUUAUCCGCCCUCACUUCUGCCAGUGAUCGUACUCCGAGGUUUCUGUUUCCAUCUUUGGACGACAAUCAUGUUGGCGUUGCCGGAUCAUUCGUGUCUUUGCCAUUCGGAGAUUCAUUCCCAGCAGACUCUCAAUAUUGCCUUUUCAGCCGGACAUCAAACUCUCUUGCCUACGCAGAUAUUGAAAAUGCCGUUGUCGAUGUGGACAGCGUAAACAGUCAUACAACGAGCCAGUUGGACCCUGAACUCCAGACCACCGCCCCUUGGACCCAUCUCUCUUUCGGUGAAGGAAGAACUUCCCCGUUGUCCACUAGUUUCGGACUCAACGACUUUGGAAAGCCCCAGCAACUGGGAGUCUCCGUUCGUCACCGUGCAAAUUCUUCGGCCAGUGGACAGGAAUCCUUUCGAGAUUCAGCUUAUGGCACCGGGUCUGGAAAAUCGCAACAUGAAGUCGAAUCUGUGAACGAGCUACCCACGGAAGCCAUGGAUCGGUGCUCUCCACUCUACCCAGCCACCUUUUUCCACCAUGAUCAUGUCCCAGAGUACAGUCCCUUACACCCGUCGAGAAGUGCUCCGGAGGCUGCCACCAGCAAUACUGCACUAUCCGACUCUGGCGAGACUACCAAUACUGUACAGAGAACUCAAAGGUCUCAGCCUUUACUGUGCCGCGAGUGUAACUAUCAGGCGAAGACCAGGUCGGACCUCAAGAAACAUAACGCCCGUCACGAACGAGAACACAGGUGCCAUUUUCCUACGUGUAUGCGCAAAUCGAAGGGGUUUGCCACCAAGAACGACCUCGACAGACAUUUGAAAUCGGUGCAUCAUAUUAACAGCCGCGGCACCAAAUACUACAAGUGUCUGGCCGAAGGCUGCCCAAGGGCAGACCGGAAAUGGCCCCGUCUGGACAAUUUCAAGCAGCACCUUCAAAAAAUGCAUAAAGAUCAAGAUCCCGAUCAUCUGCUUGAGCUGUCGGAAUCCUGGUAUAAUCAACAGCAACGACUGCCCCAAGGUCAACGAGAGGAUGGCGCAGAGUCGAUCGACUUCGAUAUCGUACUUCCCUCUGACUCCGUGACACCUACGAUGGCUCCGCAAAAGCAAUAUGAGAACAUGUGUCCGUCUUCCGAUCCCUCCUGCGACACCUCCAUGACCACAGAUAACCCGAUGGCACGAUCCUUGAGCUUUGGUAACCACCUUUUGGAUCCCGACCUUGUUUCGGGUACGACGGCAGGCUUUCCUGUGCCGCAACAUGUUCAUCGUCGGAACAUCUCGAUCCCUGGUGAUGUCUCGACAUCACAGAAGCAAUUCUACAUGGGCGAUCUCACAUCACCACAAAUCCCCAUGCAACGAACACACUCUCAAGUGGACUAUCCAAUCUAUUCCAACCAUAUGCAUCAGGAAAACUUGUUUGAUACCAUGACGAACUUCCAGCUCUCUCAAUCUGAUCCCUGGGCGGUCCAUGAUCGGUCCAUCCCGUUGUCGAACCUGAAUCAUUUCUUGUACGAUGCCGGCAGGGAUCAGAUCCGUCGGGUCAAAGCGCCCCAUACCGUUGCCGUCCUUGAUAGCGACAGGAUGGUAGACUUGACCUCUCCGCAAGAGGUCCUACCAGUCAUGUCGAACGAUCUCGGUGGCAGGCAAGACGAACUGCUGCUUAAUAUUGGCGCCAGCACGAGCAAUACGACGGCAGACACUGGUGGCGGCCUUGAUACUUCACCUCUUCAGACGUUUAUGGUCAAUGUCUUUCCCCCGGAGAACCAACCCAAAAUCCCCGAGACAUCAAUGGGCAAGCUUCUCGAGGAUGAAAUCAACAGUUUUCUGCUCGAACAUAACUCCAAGGCUGACAAGGAUCGAGUUUCUAUGUCACAAGAAGAAAUCAUCAACCUUGUUCGGAUGAGCCUAAGGUCCUUUUCGUCCGCCACAGCCAGUGGAAGGGUACGUUCUGUUGGGCCUUCGGCGGCUGCACCCAUUUUCGACACCCUGACCGGCAACCAGUGUCCGGACGGUGAGAAAACACAGUUUCGCUGCACGGUGGAGGGUUGCAACAAGGUGAAAUCGCGGCAAAGCGACCUCAGAAAGCACAUGGCCCGCCAUGAUAAGCCGUUCGGAUGCACUUCGGACGGGUGCAACAAGACGUUCGGCAGCAAGAACGACUGGAAACGACACGAGCAGAACCAGCAUAAACAGGCGGAAUGCUGGUUAUGUGUGGACUGUCACGAAGUCUUUUAUUACUCGCAAGACAACUAUCUCCGACAUUUGCAUGAAGUGCAUCCGACGUAUCGGUUCCAAGAUGGCCAUCACAAUGCGAAACACUUCCAUAUCGCCGCCAAUUACGAAGGACAUUACUGGUGUGGUUUCUGCAACAAGAUCAUGCGACAGAACAAGCAUGGCGUCGAGGCUGUCAAUGCCCGAUUCAACCAUAUCGGCGACCACUUCAGCAAGCACAAAAUGGCUGCCAAAACAUGGAUCGAACUGACCGGCCACGGGAGACGGAAAGAGGAAGCUGUGCAGACCCCUGCGAAUCACAUUCAAACUGACGAAACGCCCGGAGAGGAGGCUGAGAUCCAAACAUCGAACGUCACCAAGCUCAGCGACAAGAUCAGGCUCAAUCUCAAGCAAACAUGA